AUGUAUCCUGAUUUAUACAAGGGGCUGAACCUGAGGCCAGAGGAUUUGACGGCUUACGACUCUCCCCUUAUCAACUUCGAAGGGAAGACUAUCACGCCAAAAGGGCAAAUCAGACUACCCAUACAAACUAGAUCAGAGGUGGUGGAAGUGGACUUUAUCGUGGUCGAUGCCUACUCGCCCUACAUAGCGAUAGUAGCCAGGCCAUGGAUCCAUGCCCUAGAAGCUGUAUCCUCCACACUUCACCAAAAGGUCGAUGAGCCAGCCGAGGAGAAAAGGUGUGAGAGUUUAGAAAAGUUUGCCGUUGACAAUGACCCCGAGAGAUUUUUCCAGGUCGGCUCCGAGUUGCCUCCUCAAGAAAAAGAGGAACUGGUUGGGUUUCUGAGAAGAAAUAUCGAUGUGUUUGCAUGGGACGCAUACGAUGCCCCAGGGGUUGACCCUAGCCUUAUUUGUCACCACUUGAAUGUUAACCCAUCUUCCAUUCCAAAGAAGCAACCACCCCAACGUCCCUCAAAGGAACAUGCCAGUGCUAUUAGAGACGAAGUGAUGAAGCUGAAAAAGGCAGGAGCCAUUAAAGAAGUUUUUUACCCUGAAUGGCUGGCAAAUACGGUGGUGGUGAGAAAGAAAACGGGGAAAUGGCGAGUCUGUGUGGACUUCACGGACUUGAAUAAGGGCUAUCAUCAGAUACCCCUUGCAUUAAAGGAUCAGGAGAAGACGGCGUUCAUGACACCCAUCAGGAACUAUCACUACAAGGUAAUGCCUUUCGGACUGAAGAACGCAGGGUCAACUUACCAAAGAAUGAUGACCAGAAUGUUCGAACCACAGCUGGGCAAAGUUAUUGAAGUCUACAUAGACGAUAUGGUCGUAAAAAGUAAAAUAGUGUCCGAGCAAGUAAAGGACCUGGAGAUCAUCUUUGACAUCUUAAGAGAGCAUAAGUUGCGGCUUAACGCUUCCAAAUGUUCAUUCGGGGUCGGGUCUGGGAAAUUCCUAGGCUAUAUGGUAACUCACAGAGGGAUAGAGGUAAGCCCAGACCAAAUCAAAGCGAUUAAUAGCCUACAGGCUCCUCGAAAUCCGAAAGAAGUACAAAAAUUUACUGGCAUGAUCGCAGCAUUAAACCGGUUCAUAUCACGAUCUGCAGACCGAUGUCGACCUUUUUACCUCUUGAUAAAUAAAUGGAAAAGGUUUGAGUGGUCGGAGGAUUGUGUCCGGGCCUUCCAGCAACUCAAGGAAUACUUAUCACGACCACCCAUCAUGUCUAGCCCUGAGGUAGACGAGGUACUGUUUGCAUACAUAGCCGUAGCCCCUCAUGCUGUAAGCCUGGUACUGAUACGGGAUGACAAUGGGGUACAGCGACCAGUGUACUACGUGAGUAAAUCAUUACAUGAGGCCGAAGUGCGAUACUUACCAUUGGAGAAAGCAAUUCUGGCAGUAGUGCACGCCACACGGAAGCUCCCUCAUUACUUUCAGGCACAUACGAUUAUUGUUUUAACACAGCUUUCCCUUCGGUCGGUGCUCCGAAGCGCCGAUUACACAGGAAGGAUCGCCAUGUGGAGUGCGUUGUUGGGUGCUUUUGACAUUAAAUACAUGCCUAGGUCUUCUAUCAAGGGUCAAGUCCUCGCUGAUUUAGUCGCAGAAUUCGCUGAACCCUCUAUAGAAACAACAACCGAGAAAGAAGACAUGGAUGGAAAAUCCGUUGGCACAAUCUCAACAUGGGAGACCUUGUGCUGGAAAGUCUACGUGGAUGGCGCGGCCAACCAAAGAGGAUCUGGAAUUGGGAUAGUUUUAAUAUCGCCUGAAGGCAUUGCCAUUGAGAAAUCACUAAGAUUUGGGUUCUCGGCUACAAACAACGAGGCCGAGUACGAAGCCUUGCUUCAAGGGAUGAUGAUGGUUCAGAAAUUGGUUGGAAGGGCAAUGGAAGCGUUCUCGGACUCCAAAUUGGUCGUGGGCCAAGUGAUGGGCGAGUUGGAAGCUAGAGAUGCCCGAAUGCAGGAAUAUCUUGGCCGGGUCAAACGUCUGCAGUCAGACUUUGAAUCCUUUAACCUGACGCAUGUUCCGAGAAGCAAGAACACACAUGCAGACUCCCUAGCCACUCUAGCCACAUCCUCUGCACAUGACCUGCCCAGGACAAUCCUUGUUGAGGAUUUAUGCCAGACAAGCUCCACUAGAGGAAAGAAAGCUCAGGUCCAUCAGGUUAGAAAGAGUCCUAGUUGGAUGGAUCCUAUAUUGAACUUCUUGAAGGGCGAUACACUACCAGAAGGGAAACUAGAAGCCGAGAAGAUACGGAGGAACACUCCUCGGUUCUGGUUAUCGGAAGACCACAAACUAUACCGGCGCCCCUAUUCUGGGCCAUACCUAUUAUGUUCACAACAUCUGAAGAAUAUUGAUAUAAAUGUAUACUACGGUGGACCCCUUAACAAUCCUGGGGGGAUUGAGGGAUUUCCAUUUACAGGGCCAGAGCCGCUUGUGGAAGUUGAUACUGAGAUGGUGCAACAAACAACUACGUCUUUACAAUUUACAGCCCUUGAUGAUGGAUGCACUGCAAUGGGAGGGUAUACAAUGGGAGAUUAUAUGCUCCCAUCUCAAGAUCAUGUUGUAAAUACUGGUGAAACCCUCCAUUGUCAAAAGACACAUUUAGAGGAGGAUGACGAAGACGAAGACGAAGAUCAUGCUACGAAUGAUGGUGAAAGUAUUGAUGGUGUGGAUGAGUACAAAGAGAGGAUUGAACAAGGCGACCUUGAGAACGAUGUGGAUGACCAUGAAAUCGUUCCCCAUUUUGAAGAGGAAAAUAUGGAGUUCCAUGAUGAAGGUGAUGCAGACGAUGAUAUUGGCAUCUAG